AUUUCUCACUUCAUCCGCAACCAAGGCGAGGAGGAAUUUCGCCAUGUUUCCUGCCUCGAGAUGGGCAGCCCGGCUGUCACAAAAGGCGCGUUUAGUUCCUGCAUACCGAUACAUAUCUACCAAGGAGAGCGGGAUUGCCAGAAAGACACCGAGAUUUGGGUUGUCCCAUAAUCUGCGCAAUGCUCGACAGAGCAACCAGGAGCCCCAUCUUCAGAGGGAACAGGACUCCGAGAAUCCCCACGGCAGGAGCUUCAACGACGCUCGCCAGGUUCAGGGUGACAACGUCGCUCAGGCGCUGCAGCGAACUGCUCACAGCGAUCAAAAUGACAUGCUGUCCCCAGUCCAUAUACCAGACGAUCCCCUCGCAAUCCUCAAACCGGACCACCCGGCCAUGGGUAUUCUCGCCAACUCGACAAUAAUCAUUCAACGCCAGAUUGAGAUGAUGAACAUCAUGAUUGGCUUCGAACAGGCCAAUAAAUACGUCAUCCUCGAUCCCCUAGGAAACCACAUCGGAUAUCUCGCAGAACCUGACGGCAACAUGCUGAAGAGACAGCUGUUUAAGACGCAUAGAGGGUUUACUGUGCAUGUUUUCGACAAGUAUGAGAAGGAGGUGCUGCGGAUUACAAGACCGUUUACCUUCAUAAAUUCAAGAGUCGGAGUGUACGAUGCGGUCAACCCAGAUCCUAACUUGGGACAUCACCCUACAGACGCACUGCAAGGCAUCAGUGCCGGGUCGAUCGCGAAUCGUACUUCUGCGCAGCUCAGUCCUUUGCGCACGGAAGAGAUGCGCAUCAUCGGCGAGGUGCAACAGCAAUGGGCACCCCUUCGCCGUAAGUACAAUCUCUUCCUGAAUCGACCCGCAGAGGUUCAGGAUCCCAACAGCGCGCCUCAACUCACUGCAGGCUCACUUCCGCUUUCCACAUCCACAGCGCUUCAGACGGUCGACUCUGGGCAUCGCACAGUACACAUGUCGCAAUGGGCAUACUGUGAUGAGCCAUUCCUCUCUUGGGACUUCUCUCUUCUCUCUGCUGACUCUCGACUCCUCGGCUCUGUAAAUCGCAACUUCGCGGGGUUUGCUAGGGAAAUAUUUACAGAUACCGGUGUAUACGCCCUGCGUAUGGACUCGGCAGCGUUGGCCGCGGAGCCUCGACACCUGAUCUCACGGACGGGAGAGCGCGCCCUCAGGCAGCAUGAGCAAAGCGCACCAGGCAUGACGCUCGACCAACGCGCUGUGAUGCUAGCUACGGCUGUCAGCAUCGACUUCGAUUACUUCAGCAGGCAUAGUGGGAGUGGUGGCAUUCUGCCGAUUCCCAUGUGGAUCCCAUGGUGGGGUGGCGGAGCAGCAGAAGCCGGUGCCGCUGGAGGAGCUGCGGAAGCCGGAGCAGCAGCGGGGGCAGUGGGAGCAGCAGAGAGUGCAGGCGCACUAGGGACCGAAGUUGGAGCCGCAGCAAGAGGAGCCGGUGCUCUUGGAGCAGGCGAAAGCGCUGUGGCAGGAGUUGGAAGCAUAGCGGGGUAUGAGGCGAUGCAGAGAGGCUUUGGUAGAGUGCCCGACGAUGCUAGUCCCACUGUACAAGACCCCUAUAGCCCGCAAAAUGCGGAGUCCCCUGCGCAGCAAGAAGGUGAAGAGUCAUUUUGGGGUGAGAGAGCCCCAUGGGAGCAGGAUGGACAGUCACCAUGGAGACAAUACGAGGAAAACCCUUGGGGAAGUCAGAAUGGUCAAAGCCCAUGGGGAGGCGCAAAUAAUGGAGAAGGAGACGGUGAAGGCGAUUGGGGAGAUUGGUUUUAAAGUUUGCUGCUCCCCAGCUUUGGAUAAAAUGCAAGCGAUUAUGAUGCCACGAACACUACGAGCGGAUUAGAAUGUAAUAUAGCUGCCAAAAAUUUGGCCCAAAUACAAUUGUACUAUAGCCUACGAGGUUAAGAAUAUCAGCGCAUAUAAUUCCUUCA